AGCAACGUCCUUCCAGGGAGGUGUUUUUUCGCUGCUACCCGUCCCAACCGAUGAUGCCUGGGCGCGGAGAGCAGAGCGGCAAAGCGCGUGCUGAGGCCAAGUCUGGCGCUUCUAGAGCCGGCUUGCAGUUCCCGGUGGGUCGGAUCCAUCGUCUUCUCCGCCAGGGCAACUAUGCAGAGCACAUCGGGGCAGGCGCUCCUGUGUACCUGGCUGCGGUGCUGGAGUAUUUGACCGCUGAGAUUCUGGAGUUAGCCGGCAGCGCAUCCCGCGACAACAAAAAAACGCGCAUCAGCCCGCGCCACCUGCAGCUGGCCAUCCGCAAUGACGAAGAGCUCAACAAGCUGCUGGGCAAAGUCACCAUCGCGCGGGGCGGCGUCCUCCCAAAUAUUAAGGCUGUGCUGCUGCCCAAGAAGACGAGCGUCAUCAAAGGCCAAGGAACUUAGACCAGCACUAGAUGAGCCACCAGCUGACCACAGAUGCUGGGUGGAGCCAGGGGGAUGAUGACUAAGAUUCCCGAGGUAAUGGCGUAUCUCACGACUGACUGACCAGAAGAAUGGGCACAAGCUGAUCACAUACCCUGCAAACCCUUAUAAUUUUGCCUUAAAAAAUACUUGUUUGUAAGCUAAUGGGGUGCUCGGGACCUUAAUCAUUAGCUACCUACCUGUUCUUGCUUGGUGCCCUGCAAUAAAUGUCUUAUUUUUCUCAUUA